UAUUUUCAUUAACAAUAUGGUUGGGACUUGGGAGACUACUAAUUAAAGUGUGAUGCGAGGAACGCCUUGUGGAGCGGGGUGGUGUUCCUUCCAUUAGAAGAAGAAUCUGAAGGAAGGAGAAGAGGAGCGUUCUCUUCGCUUUUAUCUCCUCAUAAUCAAAUCGAAGUGGGAUAGAUAGAGACGAAGUGGGGCGAAGAUGGAUGCGGAGACGCAGCAGAAGAUCGAGGCGACGGUGUUGGAGAUCCUCGAAGACGCGGACAUGGAGUCGCUCACAGAGCACAAGGUCCGCGCCAUGGCCGCGGAGAAGCUCGGCCUCGACCUCUCCCUCCCCGAUCGCAAGCGCUUCGUCCGCCGCGUCGUCGAAUCCUUCCUCGUCUCCAAGGCCAAGGAGCCUGGGCCCAAGGAGAACGAGAACGAGAACGAACACGAGAACGCGAAGAACGAUGGAGGAGAGGAGGAAGAGGGAAAGGACGACGGGGGGGGCGGCCAGGAGCAGAGGGAGUACGACGACGAGGGCGAUCUCAUCAUAUGCCAUCUGUCGAAGAAGAGGAGGGUGACAAUUCAGGAGUUCAGAGGGAAAAGGCUGGUGUCCAUCCGGGAGUUCUACGAGAAGGAUGGCAAGCAGUUGCCUACCAGUAAAGGAAUAAGUUUGACAGUUGAUCAGUGGGAAGCCUUUCGGAAAGCUAUCCCAGCAAUACAGGAUGCUAUUAAGAGGCUCGAAGGGUCAGAUUGAUCAGCGUUAGUAGGUGCUCUUUUGCGAGCUUUUUCUAAUGCGCCAAAGCUUUAGACAUGUUUUGUAGCGCGUUAGAAUUUUGAGUCCAAAAGACUAGCUGUAUUUCUUGUAGUUUCAAUGUGUAGUUAUAAAUGGAUAUGUCUGUUCUAUAUUUCCAGUAACGCUGCCCUCUUUUUCUAGCGGACUCUGCUCUCUUAGGCAGUUUGUGUGAAGUGUUUUAUGACAUAGAAAUUAUGCAGUUUUUUUAACAAAUCUUUUACAUAAA